AUGGAAAAAUGGUUGGAAAUACCAAGAAAUACGAUUAUAGACAGCAUUUGUUUGGGACGAAGCAACUUCUGGACCAUUGUACUUGUAGUCUGGGAGAUUGGAAGGUCCAAAGCAAGGCCAAUACCUUCUUUUCAGUCGUGCUUACUCUUCGCAAAUAUCGCGACCUUCUCUCCAAAUCAGGUUCUGAAUGAGCCGGUGCGCUCAUGUGGUAGUGUCGGUUGGUGGGAGCCCGAGGUCACAUUAGCAUCGGAAAAGGCGCAUGAGUUCAGAAAUCCCAACUGGCUGAACAUGUUGCGAGUAGACGAGACCAAAUUGGAUGCGACGGUGUAG